UACCCUGCUGCGUCGGAGCAGCCUUAGGGUCCGAGCUCGGGCUUGGAUAAAGACUCUUUGCUUUUGCAUACGAGUUCGACUCCUGGUGGUCUUUGGGGACCCUAGGAUCUGGGCAUAACAUUUGGGGGCUCAUCCGGGAUCCCUCGAGGCCCCCAGGACCCCCGAACCGUUGAGUCAGAACCCGGCGGGUAAGUGUCUGAAUGUUUGUGCUCUGCCUCGGUGUCUCAGCGCUCCGCUCUUAAAACAGAGUAGCCUGCAGGCGGUCCAGGCGCACGCGCGGGACGCCGGGCGCCACGGGACUUGGGAGAAGUCCCGGACCCGCGUGUAGGGGAUUGGAUCCCCUCGUAGACUUGAAGAGACAAAGCGAGUCGCUCCCGAGGCGGUGCUCUCACUUCCGUUCUUGCCUAAGAUCGCCGCCCGGGGGACUGAGUGAGUGCCUUUUUGUCUUUCGCCCUUCUGUUUGCUCUCCGUCUGGACUUCUUUGUGACUGACGCCAUGGGACAGACCCAGACCACUCCUUUAUCUUUGUUCUUAGACCAUUUCAAGGACUAUAAAAAGAGGGCUAGAAGUCGAGGCUUAGUUGUUAAGAAGAAGAGACUAACCGCUUUCUGCAGGAAGGAAUGGCCAACCUUCAACGUUGGCUGGCCGCCAGGGGGGACUUGGAACUUACCGGCGAUUUUUAGAACCAAGGAUAUCAUUUUUAGGCCACCCGGACACCCAGAGCAAGUACCCUACAUCAUCACCUGGCUGGAUCUGGUCCAGGACCCGCCAAAAUGGCUCAAGCCUUGGCUGCCGCCCCCGCAACCAAGCGCCAUCUUACUCGCCCCAGAAAACCGCGAGGAACCAAAAACUGAAUCUAACCCUAGGGUCCCUCUUUAUCCGGUCUUGCAGGGGAACACUGAGGAAGACUUCCUCGUCUCAUACCCGCCUUACCGACCCCCGUCAGGGGGUAGCCCAGGCCCUCAACCUGAGGCCCCAGGAGAGGCUCAUGGGUCCCCCUUGGUGACCCCACCUCACACCCAAGGGAAAGCCCAACCAGAGCUGCCUCAACCACCCGUGGCUAAGUCCACGGUUCUCCCCUUGAGGGCAAUAGGCCCCCAGGACGAUGAGGGGAACCAACUGAUGGAAUAUUGUCCCUUAGCCAUUACACAGCUUUAUAAUUGGAAAUGCAAGUACCCUCAGUUCUCAGAGAAACCAGCUGCGUUAAUUAACUUAAUCGAUUCUGUCAUUUUAACCCACCAGCCCACCUGGGAUGACUGUCAAUUGCUCUUGCAGAUCCUCUUUACUACAGAGGAGCGAGAGAGGAUUUUAAUUGAGGCCAUGAAAUUGGUUCCAGGAGCAAAUGGGAGUCCUGCUACUAAACAAGCUCUUAUUGAUUCAGGCUUUUACGGGACCAGACCAGACUGGAAUUUUAACUCAGAAGAAGGUAAGGAGAGUCUCCGGGUCUACCGCCAGACUCUGAUGAGAGGUCUCAGGGCAGCUGCUCAGGGACCCACUCAUUUGGCCAAGGUGCGUAGGGUGCAUCAAGAAAUGGCAGAAUCACCCACAUUCUUUUUAGAAAGGAUUAUGGAGGCCUAUCGCACCUACACGUCCCUAGACCCAGCAGCACCUGAGAAUAAGUCCGCGGUCAUUAUGACCUUUGUAGAUCAGGCCGUCCCUGACAUCAAGCACAAAUUACAGAGAAUAGACAGGCUAGGGGAGAAGAGUUUGCAGGAGUUGCUGGUGGUAGCUGAGGAAGUGGUUGACAACAGAGAAAUACUUAAGAAGAAACACUUGGAAGCUUAUGAGGAGCUAGGAAAUCAAAGGUUGGCCACGACCCUUGUGUCCCUGUCAGCAGAUUCCCCAGAAGAGAAAGACCGACAACUGCGCCAAUGCGCUGAUGGAAAAGGUAAGCGGCCCCAGCAAAAGGGGAAGCCAAAGCUCCAAAAGAACCAAUGUGCAUACUGUAAGAAGAUGGGACAUUGGGUCAAGAACUGCCCCAAGAAACCUCCAAAGAGGGACAAAGGAGGACAGGGUUUGGACCCCCUCUCUGAACCCAAGGUAACCCAUAAAGUGGAGGGGAAAUUGGUUAGUUUCUUAGGAGACACAGGGGCACAAUAUUCAGUUCAAACCCAUGGAAAGCUGUCCUCAAAGAAAUCGUGGGAACCAGGGGCCACUGGUAUGGAUCAGGAUGCGUGGACUACCCGAAGAAGAGUGAAUCUCAGAACGGGCCAGGUAUCCCACUCCAUGACCAUACCAAAUUGUCCCAACUCCCCCUUGGGGAGAAAUUUGCCAACCAAGAUAGGAGCUCAGAUCUCUUUUGAUCGAAAAGGGAACUCUGUCACAGAUUCCAGAGGAUGCCCUAGUCACAUACUCCCCCUGCCUCUAGAAGAUGAAUUGGAUGAAAGACCAAGCUCUUUCCCAGAUGAGAUCUCAACUUGGUUAGCCAGGUUCCCCUCAGCUUGGGCAGAAACCAAAGGAAUGGGGUUGGUGAGCCAUAGGGCCCCCAUUCGGGUUGAACUGAAACCAAAGGCAACGCCUGUCCGAAUAAGACAGUACCCAAUCUCCCAAGAAGCUAAAUCCGGUGUCACACCCCACAUCAGAAGGUUCAGGGACUUGGGCAUACUAGUACCUUGCCAGUCCCCAUGGAACACGCCCCUACACCCCAUCAAGAAGCACAACUCCAAUGACUAUAGACUAGUCCAGAACCUCAAAGAGGUAAACAAGAGAGUUAUGGACAUAGAUUUCACAGUACCAAACCAAUAUACCAUCCUGAGUUCGUUAAAACCUUCCCAGACUUGGUAUACAGUAUUGGACCUCAAAGAUGCUGUCUUAAGCCUGCCUUUAGCCCCCCAGAGCCAACCUCUGUUUGCCUUUGAAUGGCACGACCCGGAAGAAGAAUUCAAUGGACAACUAACAUGGACCAGACUGCCACAAGGCUUCAAGAAUUCAACAGCCAUCUUUUACAAGGCUCUACAUGAAGAUCUGGGUGAGUACAGACGGGAACACCCCAAUACCACCCUCUUGCAAUAUGUAGAUGACCUCUUGGUGGCAGCAGAGACCAUGGAAGAAUGUCAACAGAGUACUGAGGACCUGCUAAUGGCACUGGGGCAAUUAGGCUACAGGGCAUCAGCUAAGAAGGCUCAAAUCUGCCAGCAAGAGGUAACAUACUUGGGAAACGUCCUAAAAGGGGGCCAACAAUGGCUAUCAGAGGCCCGAAAAGAUACCAUUUUGAAGAUCCCCACACCCACCACAACACAGAAGGUCAGACAGUUCUUGGGGUCGGCAGGAUUCUGCCGCCUUUGGGUCCCUAAUUUUGCAGAAUUGGCAAAACCCCUCUAUGAGGCCACCAAAAAAGGGGAGCCCUUCCAAUGGACUAAGGCCCAGGAAAGCUCUUUCAAUGGACUCAAACAGGCCUUAUUAGCGGCCCCGCCACUGGCGCUACCUGACAUCACCAAGCCCUUUCAUCUCUAUAUUGAUGAAAGCAAAGGCAUAGCUAAAGGAGUCCUCACCCAAAUGUUAGGAUCCUGGAUUCGCCCAGUAGCAUACCUAUCAAAGAAAUUAGACCCUGUGGCUUCUGGAUGGCCUCCGUGUUUGAGAAUUAUCAACGCCACAGCCUUGCUAGUCAAGGACGCCGACAAACUGACUCUGGGGCAAGAACUUUGUAUUACCACUCCCCAUGCCAUCGAAGCAGUUCUCAAACAACCCCCAGAUCGAUGGGUGAGCAAUGCACACAUGACUCGCUACCAAAGCCUGCUACUAAACCCUGAGCGUAUCCACUUCCUACCAAGCGCUGCCCUAAACCCAGACUCUCUGCUACCAGACCCGGAUUUGGAGACCCCAGUACAUGAUUGUGUGGGCAUACUAAGCCAGGUGCACAGAGUCGGGAAAGACCUAACAGCCGAAUGCAGAAGCCACUUGGUUCAUGGACAGUAACAGCUUUGUGCUUAUGUGCAGGGACGGCAGUGUUACCAGACUCAGAAAUUAUAUGGGCGUCUACCCUGCCACCCAGCACUCUGCACCAUAGGGCAAACUCAUAGCCCUAACAGAAGCCUUAAAAUUGGAAAAAGGCAAAAGACCCAACAUUUAUACAAAUAGCAGAAAUGUCUUUGCUACAGCCCAUGUCCAUGGGGCCAUUUAUCAGGAGAGAGGACUCAUGACAGCUGAAAGAAAGACAAUUAAAAACAAACUGGAGACCCUAAACCUGUUGGAGGCCCUUUAGCUUCCAAAGAAACUGGCUAUUAUACACUGCCCACAGCACCAAAAGGCAACGAUACCUAAAGCAAAAGGGCAGUCAGUCAAUGGGGCAGAUUCAGCAGCCGAGGCAGCAGCUCUCAAUCCUGUGGCAGCUUUGACUUUGCAACGGCCUGGCCCAGGAGCUCCAAUCCUACUGGACGAGCCUGACUACUCCAAAGAGGAUGUUAUCUCUAUUCACAAACUGCCUAUGUCCCGAAAGCCUGAUGGCUGGUGGCUCACCGGAGACUGCAAAAUAAUCCUGCCCAGCAAUUUGGCAGCCAGUCUGCUCCAGCAUCUACACUGGACAACCCACUUGGGGACCAAGAAAACUGAGGAUCUGGUAGGAAAGGCAGACCUAAUGAUCCUCAACCUCAGGUCCCAGGUCAGACAGAUAGCCUCCAAAUGCUUGAGCUGUAAGCUCACUAAUGCAGAGAAUCAACCGAAGGAUAAAGGAUGUCAAACGGGGCGCUCACUGGGAAAUGGACUUUACUGAGAGGUAAGACCAGGGAAAUAUGGUUACAGGUACCUACAGGUCAUGCUUGUAGACACCUUUUCUGGAUGGACUGAAGCCUACUCCACCAGGCAUGAAACAGCACAAAUAGUGAUCAAGAAGAUACCAGAGGAGGAGUUUCCCAGGUAUGGAAUGUCAGCCUUCUUCACUAAGGUAACAUAGGGGAUGGCUAAAGCCAUUGGGGUGGAUUGGAAACUACAUUGUGCUUAUAGGCUCCCAAGCUCAGGACAGGUAGAGAGGAUGAAUAGAACUUUAAAAAGAGACCCUUACUAAAUUAAACUUGGAGACUGGCAGAAACUAGAUGCCUCUCCUCCCUUUCACCCUCUAUAGAGUUCAACACAUACCCUAUAUGGUUGGGUUUAACCCCUUAUGAAAUCAUGUUUAGAACACACACACACACACACACACACACAC